AUGGUCGGUCCACCCGUCGGCACCCGGGAUCGCCUUGGUCACCAUCAAGUCCUGCCGAUCUCGCCGCCUAACGAGAACAUAGUCCAGCAGCUGCCCGCGCCGCGAUCGCGAGCGCAUCAAGGUGGCCCUCUCCAGCGUCAGAAGGCGGAAGAAGGCACUGUUCAGAAUGAGCCAAUGUUCUGCGCAAGUUCGCAGGAGGAGCAGGCCACUGUCAAUGAAACCGCCGAGGUCAUGGAGACCCAACAUUCUUCUCCAGACAUGGUCUGUGCCGACGCAGACAUUGUUCUUAUUUACUAG